AUGUGUGAAUGUGAUCAAGACACCCACAAUCUCUAUCUGGUCGGUCAUCAGGACUGCGUCACUCUGGCUUGCUAUGACAACCCGUUGUUCCACGAGGAGGACUCUCGAUACCCACAGGACGACCUGGUACGUCAUGGUAUGGGCUCCACGGGAGGCAACGGCACCCCAGGGGAGAAGGGGUCGCGUGCAAAGGACUACCACGUGACCACUGAACUACCUCCAUCUGACGUCCAUUUUAAAAAGUCGUACCCCUUCCGGCAGCGGUCAGUGGUAAAAGUUGUGACUAUCGUUGUCAUAGUGAUAUUGGUGGCACUCCUGAUUGGACUACUUGUACACUUUCUAGGUUCCCGAUCAGGAACAAAAGAAGAAGUUCCAUAUCAACCAACUAAUGUGCUCUUCCUGUCUUCGACGUUUAGGGGAAGCAUGCGGGUAAUCGAGGGGCCAUUUUCUAUAUAUAAGCCUGAUUAUAGUAACACGGACUCGGAAGCGUACGUCUUGUUUUCUGACGCUUUUUUAUAUAAAAUGAAAUUAGUUUUUCAAAGCAGUAUAUACAGAUUAGAUUAUAAUCGUACGGAGAUAGAAUCCAUCACGUCUGGUAGUGUCAUUGUGAGUUUCACCCUCCAUUUCAUACCACCCAUCACAGUGACGUCAAACACGGAAUCAUAUAUGUCAUCACUGCUCAAGCGUAGUCUGGACGGAGACCUAUUCACCACUGACUUCAACUCAGUCAGUAUACAUGCUCAAGCUAUCAUCCCUACUACAACUCCAGCACCGCCAUCAGGCCAGUGUUCCGCAAUCACUUUACCAGUUUGUGAAAAUGCCACAACAUACCACAACACGAUGUAUCCCAACGCUCUCGGUCAUAUGUCAGAUCACCAGGCUAUGACAGCAUUAUCUACAUACGGGGAACUUUUUACAUUUCCCUGUUACGACUAUUCAAACGACUUUUGGUGUUCAGCGUGGGCCCCCGAAUGUAGCGGAGGUCGUAUCAUACCACCAUGCCGGGACUAUUGUCAAGAUGUCCAGAGGCACUGUGAUGGACACUAUCCCAGCAAUUUUUCCUGGCCCAUCCACUGCAAUUCUUUGCCAGACUCGAAUGACCCAUCCGUCUGUCGGCCCAAUCCUUAUACACCUGGGAAGUGUAUGCAGGUGACAAAUCCGAUGUUAGCCACCUGUGUUCACCUUGGGUUCACGGAGACAGCGUUUCCAAACUACGCCGGCAACAUAGGCCAGACAUCAGCAGCUGACAUGUUAAUGCUGCUGAGUAACAUUGAAUCUGCCACUAUGUGCAACAGACAUGCCUCCUACUUCGCAUGUGCAGCUUUUGUUCCGAAGUGUUCUGGAAGUGACGUUGUUGGUCAACAUACCAUUCCUCCAUGUAGAAGUUUGUGUGAAGGCGUUAAAUCUCGCUGUUCAAUAUUUAUGGAGAUUUUUCACGCGCCCUGGCCGUCUUCAUUGAACUGUUCCGCAUUCCCUGAUGUUAAUGAUACGUCUGUGUGUAUUGGUUACGCCCAGGCAAAUGAACCACCCCUGAUAGAAGAUUGUAAGAAGGGAGAAUUGCGUUGUGACAACAACACAUGUAUCCCACCUUCCUGGAUAUGUGAUGGCUUCAUCGACUGUGCCGACAAGGCAGAUGAGAUGCAUUGCGCUUCCUGUUCCGGUAACCAGUACCAGUGUCGACCAGUAUCUGCUCUCUGUAUAGACAAUGCUGCUGUGUGUGACGGAAUCACAGACUGUUUUGAAGAUGUUGAUGAGGCUGGUUGUGUAAAACUUGGCGAGGGAACGUCUAGCGGUGUUGUUAAAAUCCACAACGUUGCGUCUGGGACAUGGGAGGAAGUGUGCGCGGACGACUGGAACAUCACAUUUAGUCAACUUGUUUGUCAACAACUGGGCUACGAGUACGCCGUGAGCUAUAUAAACAAUGCUCCAAAACCAGGAGGAACAAAGGCCAUCCUCCACAACUCGCCGCACAACUCUAGUGACCUAAACGUUCUCCAGAGUUUUCUAACAAAAGGUGUUGCCUGUCCGAGUAACCAAGUCGUGAAUGUUAGGUGCGGACCUCCUGUGUGUGGUACCAGACCUGCCAACUAUAAAUCUGCUUCGCGGAUUGUGGCUGGGAAAGAAGUGGAUCCAGGCACUUGGCCCUUCAUGGUCUCCUUGCAUGGUGGACCAGCCGAGCGGUUCUUCUGUGGUGGUACGCUUCUAAGUGAGACGUGGGUUCUAACUGCUGGUCAUUGUCUCGGAGGGACAACCUCCCCUGGUGGAAUCACUUUGAAGAUUGGUGCCACGAGACGAGACACAUACUCAGAAUUCCGACAAGUGCGGAAACCAAAAUCACUGCACGUGCAUGAAGGUUAUAACCCACAAACAGUGGACAACGACAUUGCACUCAUAGAACUGGCAACACCGGUGUUUUUUAAUGACUACGUUAGACCGAUCUGUCUGCCACACUGGGAACAUAGGACGCCUGUAGGAACACGUUGUUUCGCCACGGGCUGGGGAAAAGCCAACGAGACGGCUUUGGAGUACCAAAGAGCUAUACAGGAAGUAAAUCUGGAUGUGGUGAAUUGGGAAAGCUGUCGCAAAGCUAUCGCCACGUCGGACAUCUCCACCCCUUACAAGCUAACGCCUAACAUGAUGUGUGCCGGAGGCGGAGUGGGGCAUGAUGCGUGUUCUGGCGACAGUGGUGGGCCUUUGUUGUGUCCAGCCGACCAAAGGCGGACGACAUGGUACGUGGCAGGAGUGGUCUCGUGGGGAGUAGGAUGUGCUGUGCCCAACAUCCCGGGAGUGUACACUGAUGUGCCUCUAUACUUAGAAUGGAUCAGAAACGUCACGCACAAUCAUUUACGUAUAUGA